GGCAGGUAUUGGAUUUGAGCAUUGGACGAGAUCCCAUUUUGUUGGAAAUAGAUAUAACUUCAUGACAAGUAAUAUAGCGGAGUCGCUAAACAAUGUGUUAACCAUGGCUCGAGAUUACCCGGUAAUCUCAAUCUUAGAGUCUAUCCGCACAACUCUCGUGACAUGGUUUGCGCUUAGGAGGCAAGCUGCCCAGCUUGAGGACAAUAUCCUACUGCCAAAGGUGAACGAUAUGGUAAUCGAAAAUUACGAGAAAGGAGCAGGAUGUGCUGUAAUAAAGAUUGGGGAAGGGCUAUAUGAAGUUAGAGAAAAAGGAGGCGCAGCAUUUGCGGUCAACCUAUGGGAGAGAACAUGUACGUGCAGGGAGUUUCAGCUGCUAACAAUCCCUUGCUCUCAUGCCAUAGCGGCAGCAAUACAAGAAGGAAUCAGAGUGGACACGCUAGUUGGAGUCCAUCACACCAACCCCCAGCUUAGGUUGUCUUACCAAGCGCUAAUAAUGCCGGUACCCGACACGGAGACACUGACUCCUUCCCCAAAUGAUGUAGGGGAUGGGAAACGGGCUCCACCAUAUGUUCGGAGACCGCCUGGACGCCCAAGGAAACGAAGAUUAUUUUCAAGAGGCGAGUUCAAGAGAACAUCAAGGAAAAGAUGCUCACGAUGCAAGUCAUUAGGUCAUAACAGGGCAACCUGCAAUGGCCCAAUAACGGUAAUAAAUACUUUAACAGUUAGUAAAUGAAUUAUGGAAUAUUUACUAUAUCUCGUUGUAAUGCAGGGUACAUAGAGAACGGAAGGAAGGACGUU